AUGUGGGCACCUGAUAUUUAUGAGGGUUCACCCACCCCGGUUACAACAUUCCUUUCUAUUACGCCUAAAAUUUCUAUUUUUGCUAAUAUUUCACGUGUUUCUAUUUAUGGUUCCUAUGGAUCUACAUUGCAACAAAUCUUCUAUUUCUGCAGCAUGGCUUCUAUGAUUUUAGGAGCGCUGGCCGCCAUGGCCCAAACGAAAGUAAAAAGACCUCUAGCUCAUAGUUCAAUUGGACAUGUAUGUUAUAUUCGUACUGGGUUCUCAUGUGGAACCAUAAAAGUAAUUCAAUCACUACUAAUUGGUAUCUUUGUUUAUGCAUUAAUGACGAUAGAUGCAUUCACCAUAGUUUUAGAAUUACGGAAAACCCGUGUCAAAUAUAUAGCAAAUUUGGGCGCUCUAGCCAAAACAAAUCCUAUUUCGGCAAUAACCUUCUCCAUUACUAUGUUCUCAUACAUAGGAAUACCCUUGUUAGCCAGCUUUUGUAGCCAAUUUUAUUUGUUCUUCGCGGCUUUGGGUUGUGGGGCUUACUUCCUAGCCCCAGUGGGGGUAGUGACUAGCGUUAUAGGUUGUUGGGCAGCCAGAAGGUUGCCACGAGUCAGUAAGUUUGAGGGACCGAAGCAAAUUCUCCGUGCACCAGACACGUAG